UGGCGGAUCAACUGGUUGGCUAACGUUAUUGACUAGCAUGCUCGUUUUCUUGGAUUCAUAACCACGUCUGUUCGACAGAAGCUACAGAUCGUAAACUGGUGAUCGUCACACCUCUUGAAGCCCUGCGUAAUGGACUAUGCUAUAGACAUUCCCUCAGGUGAGGACGAGGCGCCUGAGAGAGAUGAAAUGAAUGCGAAGGAAGGGAAUGAAAUGCCCCACAAGAAAAAUAAGAAGCACAGAAAGCACAAAAGCAAGAAGAAGAAGAGGAGAAGAAAGGGGGAGAAGGAGAGCAGUUCAGAGUCUGGCCCAGAAUCGGAUCCAGAACCACCCCCUCCUCCACGACCUGUCAGGACCACAAGGGCCAGUGCCAGGCUUGCAGCUGCCUCGGGUGCUGUAGACCAAGCUGGGGGUAAAGAGGAGGGGAAAAAGGAUGGCAUUACAGAAUGCAUGGAAACUGAGGGUGACUCAAAACCCAAAAGGCAUAAAAGGCAUGCUGCUAAGAAGAAGAAAAAGAAGAAGAGGAAAGAUGAAAAGCAAGACAAGAAGACCCCAUCACUCUCUCCAUCUGAGAGCAGCUCUGCUUCAGGGUCUGAGUCGGAAGGGGAAGGGAGUAAGGGAACCGGAGACUGCAGAUAUUCUCAAGCAACAGUGCCACUUGAUCUGCAGGAGCCAGUGUCCAAACCGGGGUCUAAAACCAAACGAGGGGAGGAGAAAGCAGUUUCCACCCUUACUCAGAAACCGGAACCGUUAUCUGUAAAGAAAGAGGACAUGAUUGAUAGUGAUGUGUCUGCAGCUAGAGGGAAGAGCAGUAACAGCAAUGGGUCAGUGAAGGAUAUAAGAUCACCUUCUGGGGGACGGGAGGAAAAAACUCAAACAGCAAUGGGCAAGAUUAAAACAGAGGGUAACCAUGGAGAUGGUGGAUUCAGCCAUGCCCAAGAACUCCCUGACAUUAUCCCCAAACAGGAAGGAACCACCCCAAGGGAAGACCCUGGCCUAAAAGAGCAGACCAAUGCCGCUCAGAGAGCAAAGGUCAUAGAGCGAGAUUCCUCCAGGUCCAGGUCCAGGUCUCGGUCUCCUUCUCCUUUGAGGGGCCUGGACAUCAAGAGGUCCAGGUCAAGUCAGAGUCGGUCGCCAACAGAGAGUCCUUGCAGGCAGCAGUCGGGUGUGCAGCUGGUGACGGCGAUCAAACAGCGGUCACGAAGUCCCCCCAGGUCAGCUCCAAAGGUAAAACCAGGCUCAACACCCCUAAAGACACGGGAGGUGUCCCGUUCUCGUUCCAUUUCCCAGUCUCCCAUGUCCGAGAGAAAGUCCCCAUCCCUGUCCCCCUCCCCCUCCCCCAAGUCCCCUAAAAAACCAAGCCGUCAGUUGCGGUCCCCCAAGAGAGAACGGCAGCUUUCCAGGUCCCCCUCUCGUUCAAUCAGCCCCAAGAGAAAAAAGUCUAAAUCCCCCAAGAGGUCCAAACGCCAGUCACUGUCUCCAUCCCCCAAACGGAGAGGGAGUUCCAUCUCAGUUUCUCCCAAGAGACGCCACAGCUCCCCGUCCCCUAAAAGGAAGCUGUCUCGAUCCCCAAAGCACAGCGGUCGCCAGUCCCCCUCCCUCUCUCGCUCGCCAAGGAGAGGCCGGAGGUCAGAGUCACGGCCCCGUGGUGGUGCCCGGCGCUCCAGGACCCGCUCACCUAGACGCGGCGGUGCGGUAAACAGGCGUUCGCGGUCCCGCUCAGCCUUAAGAGCCCGCCACUCCCGUUCCAGAUCUAGACGCCCACUGAGGCGCUCCUGGUCGAGAUCACCAGUGAAGCGGGGUGGAGGCAGACGAUCGAGAAGUCGCUCGCCGUCUCGCCGACGAAGGUCCCCACCACCAAGAGCACGGCGGACACGCUCCCGAUCAGUCCGCAGGGCCAGGCGGACCCGCUCACGCUCCAUUGUGAUUCUCAGGCGCAACCGGCGCUCAAAAUCAAAGAGCCUUCACAAACGGACCAAAUCCAGGACUCCUCUUCCCCGUCGGCGGUCCGAAUCUAAGUCCCCAGUCAGACGUCGCUCCCGGUCCCCUGGCAGGAGGAACCGCUCUCCACUACGGUCCAUUAAGCGCUCCAAAUCUCGCUCACCUUCUCGCCGCUACCGAUCUAAAUCCCACUCUCCACCACCUGGCCGGAAGAGGUCCAAAUCCCCCAGGAAGAUCAGCAGGAGGUCUAAAUCCAAAUCUACCUCCCCUGUAUUGAAAAGGUCGCGGUCUAGGUCAGGAUCUAUGUCCAGUGAUGGGGGUUCUGACAGUGCCUCCCCAGCCCACUCCACAUCCUCCUCCCCUGUGAAAGAGAAGGAGCCCCCAUCCAAGACGGAUAAAGACAGCACGGAGCAAACAGCCAGUGGGAAGGGAGUUGAGAGUACAACACCCUCUGCUACUGCAGCAGCAGGCCCAUGGAAACCCCUUCCAUUAGCCAGCGCUGCCAGUCCCCAGCAUGCCAUCUCCAACCCAGCUGGGAGUGCCACAACUCAGCUGCAGGCCCAGUCUCAUCUCCCUGCUCCCAACCACCAACAGAGACAGGAGGUGGAUGCUGCCAGCCCAGCCAGUUCUUCUGAUGAGCAAGAGGGAUCCAGAUCUAGGUCUGCUACCCCUGAACCAGGUACUGAGCCAGAUGGCUCAGAAGGUUCAGAAGGUUCUGAUGAGGAAGAGGAUGUGUCCUCUCCAGUUAAAACUGAAUCAAAACGUCAGCGAAGUUCAUCGGGCUCUGCCUCACCAAGCCAGCGCAAGAAGCAGCUCUCCAAGUCACGUUCACCUGCAGGCCACAGGAAAUUGUCACGUUCAACUUCCUCUCCAAGACGAUCCACAUCCAAGACGGUGUCCAGAAAGAAGCCAUCCAGGUCAAAGUCUCCAGCAAGGAAGAGAGAAUCCGUCUCUCCAUCUGACAGAAAAAAGCGCCGUUCCAAGUCCCGGAGUCUCAACCGCCGUCGGCGCUCUAGCCGCUCGCGCUCCACUGCACGGCGCAGGCGGUCACGUUCAAAGUCUCGAACCAGGACCCGACGGUCCAGGUCCCGCUCUGUGGCCCGCAAGAGGCGAUCCCGCACGCGUUCUCCGGCUCGGGCGAGGAAGAGGUCUAGAUCCACUGACCGGAACAAACGGUCAAAGAGUCGCUCCACGGGACGACGGAAGCGGUCCAGGUCAGGAGAGCGGAGCAAGCGAUCUAGAUCCCGUUCACCGGAUCGCAGGCGCCGCUCGAGGUCCAGGUCGUGGGGGCGAGGAAGGCGCCCAGUGUUCCGCAGCCGUUCUUUUGACCGACGAGACAGGUGGAAGAGGGAACCCAGCCACUCUCCAGUUCUGAUCCUCCGCAAGCAGCGUCGCUCUGGGUCCAGAACAAGACGCAGCACCAGCAAGACACCACCUCGGCUCACUGAGCUCGACAAAGAUCAGUUGCUGGAGAUAGCCAAGGCCAAUGCUGCUGCCAUGUGCGCCAAGGCAGGGGUUCCCAUCCCUGAGAGCCUCCGACCCAAAGCCAUCCUCCAGCUCCCCUUACCUACGCCAUCUCCUACCCCCCUUUCCCUACCUCUGCCUUUACCCCUCCCAAUGGGUAUGGGUAUGCCCAAUAUGCCCAACAUGCCCAACAUGGCCAGCAUGCCCAAUAUGCCUAACAUGGGGCCAAUGGGGAUGCCAAAUAUUCCAGGGAUGCCUAACAUGUCAAAUAUCACCAUGAGUGCAGCCAUGGCAAGUAUGACUGCAGCCACCAUGACAGCUGCCCUGACCAACAUGGGCGCCCUCGCGGCCAUGCCGCCCCUGGCCCCACUCCCCACCAUCACCAACAAGCCCCCACCUUGUCUUGCCCCCCCAACUCCGACCCUUAACCUGGACCACAUAGAAGAAGUGAAAAGGAAGGUCACGCAGCAGGCCAACAUACACACCAUCAAGGAGCUCACUGAGAAAUGUAAGAUGAUUGCCAACAGCAAGGAGGAGAUGGCCAUUGCCAAACCUCAUGUGUCGGACGAUGAGAGCUAAAAUUUCACCGCCCUCGAGCAUCUCCCCUUACUGGACCAGAGGGGGAAAAAAAGUUUGACUGGACGACUCACCUUCCCACAGUUCCCUGGGGCAGCCAGGUCACUUGUCCCCACCUCUUAAUUCACCAAGAAGAAGAGCGCCCUAGUUGUUAUGGUUUCAGUACAGGAUACAGGAGCACCUGCACCAACCACUGCCCCUAUCAGCUGUGUGUGUGUGUGUGUGUGUGUGUGUGUGUGUGUGUGUGUGUGUGUGUGUGUGUGUGUGUGUGUGUGUGUGUGUGUGUGUGUGUGUGUGUGUGUGUGUGAGAGAGAGAGAGGGCGAGAGAUAGACUUUGAGAUUAUACCUGUGAUAUCAUCUAGGACACACUGACUGUGCACAGUAGUUUGAGUGUGAAUGCUCGUGUGCCAGCGGAAGUGUAUACUUGUGUACAUAGCUACUCUGUUUCACCAACGUCAUGGCGUUUCACUGCUCACACUGGCAGUCGCUGUGGCAGAUGACUCAAGAUGAAGGCGCAAGUGCUUUUGUAAAAGAGUUUAGUUUCUCUAUGUUUCACUUCCCUCCGUGUUUUCUUCUGACUUUGUUCAGUGGCAAUUGCAUCCUCAUGCCUCUGUUCCUUUGGCCAUCUCUCAGCUCUGGUUUUCUUAAACCUGUGGGUUUGGAGCCAAAAUGAUUUCACAUUGGUUUCUUUAGGUGGAUCCCUUGCAUGACAUCAAUGAUAAUUUGUUGUUAUCUCCCUUGGUUUCCAGAUAAGAAUCCCUGGUUAUUACCCUUUGAAUGAACGAAUAGCGGAUUACAUUGGUUUCGAGGCGAGAAAGUAACAUUAGGUUUUGGAUUAGGACAAAGAUUUUCUUUGUUCACAAAAUAUAGCUCUAUUUCAGUAAGUACUGCCCUGGGCCCCGGUUUUCCAAAACAAUCUUCUUAAGCACCAACAUAGUCGUUUGUUCUAUUUUGGUUUUGAAGUCAGGUUUUGAUGGGAUAUUUUUGAAGUUAAGUUCCUCUUUUUACUGUUUAAUCAGUAAUUCACAUAGCAAUUUUGUCAUAGGAAGAAAAACUUAUGAUUGUUUAUUUGAAGAGUGUAUUUUUUAAUAGUUAUCAGAUACAAUUAAACACUUGUUAUUUUUUCCCUUUUGCAGCAAACAAAAAAUUUGAAGUUAUGUUUUGCCACUAGAUUGAAUUGAUAUUUUAUCAUCAGCUUAAUCCCCCAUGUUUUAUACCAGGGUCUUGGGAUAAAUAUUUUGGCUUCACGUGGAAACUGUUUAAAUUGUUUGAUUUUACUUUCUUUGAUUUCACUUUUUUACUUUUUAUUUUAGAAAUAAAUGUUACAUACAUUUGUUCUUGUGGGUGCCCCAGAGGGCAAUAUAACUCAAUCACCAGUCAACAAAGGAAAUGUAAUGGUGACAUUGGCAAGCUGAGUAUGCCUCCAGCUGAGAUGAGUGUGAUUGUUUUCUCUCACAUUUUACAAAUUGAAGCGUGUUGUCGUGUAUUAGACAAUCAUAAUCUUGGUUCCAGGGUGCGUCGGUGGAAACCAGCCUGUGUCUUUAAAUGGGGUAAACAGUCACGUCAAAGGGGCAGCCAGGCUUAGCUCAAUGUGAGCUGUUUACUAUUCUGAAUCCAGCAGGUUAAUUUUUGAGGAACUUCAACAAUACCAGUCAGUUUAGCUUGACUCGUAUUAUUGUGAAAUAACUCAAACUUUAUUGUACAUACCAGAUGUGUUUAGCCUUACUGUAUUUAAAUCUGUGUAAUUCUCUAAAACAUCAAGAUACUUGUUGAAUUUUUCUCCCAUUUAACAGAGGUGAACUUGGUGCUAAUGUUAACACAAACCCACAGUUUUUAAGGCAGUGAAGAGUGGCAAUAUUGCAUUUGGAUGAUAAAAGAAAAUUGCCAUGGGUAAUGUGAUACACAUUGAGAAGCAAAACUAUACAAAAACAAAUCAAACCCUCAGGUUGUCGUAAGAAAAUGUUUAUUUUGUGUCUAGGUGUUGCAAAUUUGGUUCAUUCUAAGCCUUUAGUGUGAACUGUGUCUGACCAAUUGGACCUUGGGAUUUCAUCCAAGGCAUCUUGGUACCAAGAUAUACCCCUACCCCCCCACUGCCUGACAGUAGAAAAAAGGUGACUGGUGUUCUUUUGAAAAUUUGGCAGGGCUGUGAUUUUUUUUUUCUUUCUGACAUACGUCGGUCCAUUCAUUUCGACUCGAGAUUAAAAUUUUGCUGAUUCAUAAACCCCAACACACCCUCAGUUUUUGUGUGUUGUUGUGGUCACAUCCCUGCCUGGCCCAGGGCUGUAUAACUGUGGAAGGUAAUCUGUGAAGGUUUUGUCAAACUCUAGUCAUUCUGUACCUAUAGUGGUUAACUGUUGAAUCAAAUUCCUGAUGUAUUCUUUAGCUAUUUUAAUUACCGUUAAAAGAAAAUGCAUUUUAGGACUUUUUUUGUCAACUGGGUAUGACUUUGCUUGCUUUGUACAUAAAUGUGUUGAUCAUUAUUAAAAACCUUUAAAAACAA